UAGCCAUGCAUAGCCAACGUUGGCAUAGCCUAGCAACGGGGUAGCUUUUCGGGCUUUUCCUCGUAUGCUCUGUUAGCCAGCUGUGUUUCGCCAACAUGGCACCCCCGCGGAUCAUUAGAACACCAUCCGAGCAGCGCGAGCUCAUGAUUAAACGUAAGGAAGCAAGGCGGGCGCGCAUACGUGCCCAGACUCAGGAACAGCGUGAAGCUGCGCGUGCCAAGCACGCUGAGAUUCAACGCCGCAGGCGCCAAAACGCGGCAGUGCGGGAACGCGAGGCAGAGGCAAGGCGACAGCGCCGACAAGACCCUACACUUCGGGAGAAGGAAGCGGCCGAACGUCGUGCCCGCCGUGAGGAUGCAGCAGUGCGGGAACGCGAAGCCGAAAAAAGGCGACAACGCCGACAAGACCCUACACUUCGGGAGAAGGAGGCGGCCGAACGCCGUGCACGGCGUGAGGAUGCGGCAGCGCGGAAACGUGAAACCGAGAAAAGGCGACAACGGCGACAAGACCCCGUGUUUCGGCUGCUUGAGGCCGCCGAACGUCGUGCCCGCCGUGAGGAUGCAGCAGUGCGGGAGCGCGAGGCCGAGGCGAAGCGACAACGCCGACAAGACCCUGAACUUCGCGCGAAGGAAGCGGCCGAACGUCGUGCCCGCCGUGAGGAUGCAGCAGUGCGGGAGCGCGAAGCAGAGGCGAAGCGACAACGCCGGAAAGACCCUGAACUUCGGGCUAAGGAAGCGGCCGAACGUCGUGCACGGCGUGAGGAUGCGGCAGUGCGGGAGCGCGAAGCCGAGGCGAAGCGACAACAACGCCGACAAGACCGUACACUUCGGCAGUUGGAGGCUGCCGAACGUCGGGCCCGCCGUGAGGAUCCGGCAGUGCGGGAACGCGAGGCCGAGGCAAAGCGUCUGCGGCGGUUGAGAGAGCGCAAAGCACUAUUCGGAGGACAGUUCAAUAAUCCAUUUGGAUAUGCCUGCGACGUUUGCCAUCGCCUUGGUUUUAGAGCAGACCUUACGCCUAUCCGCACCCCUCACGUUCCCCUGCUCAGUGCCGAGUUUCCAAACGAAGACGUGCCUUCCUUUAUGCUAUGCUCGAAAUGCCACGGCGCACUGAAAAGUGGCACCGUUCCCGCGCCUUCUCGAAGUGACAUUUGCUUUGAGCCGGCCGUUCCCGCUGAGUUACUUGAAGUCAACUUGGUGUGCAGAAGUGAUGAUGAAGACUCGCAGGUACCCUUGCACAACCUUGCUGAACAACUCAACUCCAAACAAGAGGAUCAAGACGACAAGGUUGACUGUUGCUUGCAGACAGAUGGCACUGGAAAGAUUGACUGUUUUGUGCAGACUGAAGAUGCCACAAAGGUAAGGACUUCUGAAGUGCCAACGGAAAAAUGCAUGAAGGUUGUUGCAGUGCAGACCGAAGAAUAUCCAGAACUAGAGUUCUACGAGCCUACCUGUGAUGCUACCGAGUACGAGAGUGACUGUCCACUUGCUAUGGGGGCAGAGAGUGAAGAUUGGCUCUAACAUCAAACAAGGGCACACGGUCUAAUCACAAGGAAAGCAUCCUAUGCAUCUCCCAGGAGCCACGUCGCCAAUCACGAGAGGACUAACACAGGGAAAGGACCUUUCAUGCACGACGUCUGCCAGGAGGACUUUUUGCGAACAGAGCUCUUGGCGUGCACCUGAGGGUCCAGAUGUGGGAAAAACCUCACGAGGGUCCGGUCUGUGGCUAGCACUUGGCUGAAGCAACCCACAUUUCAUGUCAUCAGAAGUUUCACCUAAGCGGUGGCAAACGCUGUUACGUGGUUCUGCCAUGCAACAAGAGCUUCACGUGCAAAACCAGCCUCACCCAGCACGUGAUGAACCACUCGGACAAGAGACCACAUGCCUCCUUGGUGUACGGAAAGCGGUUCACACAAUGCUGCAGCAUCAAGUUGCGUGCGAGUGUUGUGCAAUGGCCAGUACCCACUGCGCUGUUUACACUAUAAGUUAGCUGGAGGCAGGGUCAGACUAAUGACCCAUGUACGUGCUUGACAUGGUAGCUCCACGUUCAGGGACAGGUGAAAAGAUGGUGACCACGAAAGAUGUUACUGAAGUGGGCAGCAGAAAGAAAAGCUGUCAAGUUGAUCGAUAAAUAAGAGAAAAGGAUAAUGAAAGAACAAGUGUAGCUGGCCAAAAUGUUGAAUUUCGAGUGGUAAGACACCCAUGGGAGACAACAGGCCAAGUUGGGUGGCUGGAAAGGCACGAGCAUCAAAUAUUUAUAGCCAGCUUGUGAAUGAACAGCAGUAUCAAGAAAAUGGUUUAGGAGCAAGCAGUACUACAACUCAGGGCACAGAACAAGAAGACGCAGGAUGCUGUGCCGGCUACCAACUGAAAGGUUUAGCACAUAGUGUUAUUUAAAUGUUAAUGCAAUGCAGUAAUGAAUGAAUAUAAAGAUGGAUGCAAGAAAACUGAACUGAUAUCUUGAUCGACAAGACCACAUCAACAUUAAUGGAUGAGCACUUGUGCAAGCUGCUGCUACAAGAAAUACUGCAUUAUGUAAAUUUUAGGUGGCAAAAUUAUUGUCACAAGUCCAAUUGAAAAGUGAUUCAAACUUCUGCAUGCGCGUGCCCGUUCUCUUGCCAAGUGCGCCAUGUGACAUUUUCGAAGGUUACACACGCACAAUUAUGAAACGGGGAUUUUUGCAAUCAAAAAGUUAUUUCACAUGGUAAAGUAUCCUGCACGUGAGUGCUCAACAAACAAUAUUCUCACUAAGUGUGUUCUUAGUACUGUGAAUCCACAGGAACAGUUCUCAGUCAAUCCACAUUUACAGAAAUAUAAUUGCGUUGAUAUUGCUGAUAUAGAGGCAGAUUUAUGUGUAUGCUGUCAUUUCUUGGGCACACAUACAGUAUAGACCACUUAUAACGUAACCGCUUAUCAUGCAGGACCGGAUAUAAUACGGUCUUUUUAGACUCCCGUUAAUUUUCCCAUAGCACUCUAUGUAUACGCAUAGUGCAGUUGCGGGACACGAAAUACCGGUUACAGUGCGGCUGCCUGGAAGUUCGGCAGUCAACCUAGAUGGCAAACGCUCCCCUCAAGCCACAAAUACCGUAUUUACUCGAAUCUAACGUGCACUUUUUUCCGAUAAAACGGGUCCAAAAAUUGCGUGCAUGUUAGAAUCGAGUACGACCCUAAAUCUGCGUUGCCAUCGGCAUUUUAAAAUGGCCGCCUUGCACGUGCGUCAAGCCUAGCUACUCUCGAGCCUAGCUACCGUAUCUUCCUCCAUGUGCUGCAGUACACGUGCUUAGGCAAUAGUCUACCGUCUGUCUGCACGUUUUCUGCGUCUGCUCUAUCAGCAUGAAGUACCAAGUUCAUCACGGUUUCCGGCCUGGUUUGUCAUGCGAUACACAGCUUUUUGAAUUUGUUGCUGAUCUUCACCUGAACUUAGACUCAUCAAUUCAGACUGACGUCAUCUACCUAGACUUUGCCAAAGCAUUCGACUGUGUUCCCCAUCAGCGACUUUUGGCCAAACUUUCAUGCCUCAAUCUCGACCCUCUCGCACUGUCAUGGAUCCAUUGCUUCCUAACAAAUCGCCUCCAGUACACAGCUGUCGGAAAUCAUUGCUCUGGCACUUCUAGCGUAAUCUCCGGCGUACCACAAGGGUCUGUCCUCGGUCCCCUUCUCUUUCUCAUCUUCAUAAACGACCUUCCUAACGGCAUUUCAUCCUCUAUCAGACUUUUCGCAGACGACUGCGUACUUUAUCGUCGCAUCAAGGACCAAACCGACCAUGCAAUACUUCAACAAGACUUACAUUUAAUAGAAACCUGGUGUUCCAAUUCUCUUAUGAAACUUAACAUCUCCAAAUGUAAAGUUAUGCGGAUCUCCCGUAAGCACUCUAACAAGGAAUACCAGUAUUCUCUAAACUCGACAACCCUAUCCACCGUUGAAUCAUAUCGUUAUCUUGGUAUCACAAUUAACAGCAAGUUGACCUGGACCGACCACAUCACAAAAUUGGCUACCGACACUACUAAAUCACUUGGUUACGUCAGACGCAACCUGGCGCUGUGCCCCUCAUCGACACGAAAACUAGCCUAUGAAACUUUCAUUCGAAGUAAACUUGAAUACGCCUCAGCUAUUUGGAGCCCGCACCAAGCUUACUUAAUCAACACUUUAGAAUCAAUACAAAAUUGUGCCGCUAGAUUAAUCACUUCCAGGUACAGCUGCCAAGAAAGUAUCAGUAAGAUUAAAUCAUCCUUAGGACUCGAACCAUUGUUGUUGCGUCGGAAAAUUGCAAAGCUGUGCCUUUUCCAUCGAAUAUAUUAUAACUUCGCACAUCUGCAUGGAAAGCUUCUUAUUCCACCAACCCGUACAUCUCGUCGCCUUUUUAACUCUUGCAGCAUCCAGCGCUUGCAUGGUUCAACAUCUUCCUUUAAUCAAUCGUUUUUGCCUAGCACUAUCGCAGAGUGGAACAACUUACCAGAUAGAGUUGUCAGCGAGCGUAACCACAUUAUCUUUAAACGGCUGCUUACUGAUUACCUCAAGCUCUAACCUUAUAAUGACCGUACUGCGUUUUCCUUCUUUCGCUUUUUUUUUUCUUUUUUCUUGCUUUUGCAUUGUAUUCGGUGUGCCGCGAAGUUUUUCCUUUUUUGUGUGUGUUCCUUUUUUCUUUUUAGUUGUGUUCUCAAAUGAAAUCCACAGGCUGUAGGAAAUUGUAACCAUGUCUAUAUUCCUAUUCUUACCUCCUGUAACCCCCCCCCCCUUAUGUAAUACCCCGACAGGGGUCCUUAAGGGAAAAUAAAUGAUGAUGAUGAUGAUCAUGAUGCCGCAUUUAAAAGGAAAGUGAUCAUGCGUGCGGAAACGGACGGAAAUCGGGCCGCAUCACGGGCGUUUGGAGAAUCCGAAACUUGCGUUCGGGACUGGCGCAAACAGAAGGAGAGGAUUUUUGCCAGCAAAGCAAUACGGAACGGUUUCAGGGGACCUAAGCUGGACGUAAUCUGCGAUGAUCCACUGCGGCGAUACAAUCGCCUUGGCCCUAUCUUGAAAGCAAUCUGCGACGGGCAAAGUCCGCCGCGCGCCGUGUUUUCGCCGCUUAUAGGUCGCAUUGAAUAAAGCCCCUAUAUUUAUAAAAGUAGCGCCAUCCACGUCCCUCCUCCUCCGUUCUACUAUCGCGCUCGGCGCGACCAGCGCGAUCGAGGCGCGAUAUCGACAGUGGCGCCGCCUGCGUCGGGCCUGCCGUGGCAGACGACAGCUAACACGCUACCAGAGGAAAUCCGAGGAAAACUUCGAUCGCGCCCUCCGGAGACAUUUUUGAGGCGCGAUUUUGCUUCGUCAGUCAGUAACUGGUCUUAAUAAUGCCGUUUUGGAAGUAGCAACGCGACGAUGCGAGACGGCGCAAAUAUCAAGUGUGCAGCAAGCGUUUGUGCACGCCGGAUGGUAAACAAAAAAAGCCUUUUGCCCUCGCCUUGUCGGUUGCGGCAACUUAAGGCGCAGCAGCAUGCCAUCACAACGAAGUUUUUGUCCAUAACACGUUUGAUCCGUUUGUGCGUACAGCACUUUCGUCGCACAGGCCCGAGAAUGGCAGUCGGAGAGGGCUGGAAAGAAAAAAAUAUACAAAGCGCGACGCGAACUUCCACGUGACACGGAUUGGCCAAUGGGGGAGCGGAGGAGGCUGGGGCGACAGGAGGCGGCUAAGAGAGGGCGAGGAGUAAGCGCCGGGGUGAGCGCGGUGGCGGCAAGAUCUAAGAAUGGCGCUACUUUUAUAAAUAUAGGGGCUUUAGCAUUGAAGCGAGAGGCAUGAUAGCACGAAGGUCAAUUCGCUCGCCGCGCUUCGUCACUCGAGCGUUUUGACAGUUUGUUUCUGCAGUCAACGAGCGAGAUGUGUUCAUGUUUGCUUGUGCGUGCGUGACACCGUGCUUGUUAAUUUAUUUAGUAAGCGAAUACAGAACCUAGAGCACGGUGACAGCGACGGCAGAAAUGCGCCUGGAGUGUCCAUCAUCGCAAUAAAAUAGUUGUUUUGGUUAUAGUGCGGUACCGCUUAUAGUGUGGAUAUUUGCGACUCAGGCGACUUAAGUUGUAAGCGGUCUAUACUGUAUAUGCUAUCAAGCAUUUUUACCUACCCAGAAUGACUUCCGUGCCAAGAAAUAAACACAAGGU